ACUAAAGAUGGCAACUGCUGAACCUAACAAAACCCCUCAACUUAACCAAAUUUCAAACUUUCCAAUUGAUGGAGAAGUUAAAUACUUAUUCACAAAAUCAUUGAGCAACGGCGAUAUGGUGGGCGGCUUGACUCUAAUCGGAGAAUCACAUAAUUUCUUCCGUCGAGGGAUACCAAAUUCGUUGUCGAAUGAAAUUGGUGGAAUUGGAUUAGAUGUUGAGAUUUUUACACCAAAUGGUAAAAUUUGGAAUAAGUUGAGGUAUGAUCAUGCAAAUAAAAUUUUCAAAUUGGAUGGUAUUGAGUGGGAUGAUGUUGUUACCAAAAACCAAUUGAAGGUUGGGGAUGAAAUUGAUUGUUUUUCAUUGUAUCAUGCUGAAGUCGGUCCACAAGGAAUUCUUAGCUUACUUGUUCAGAAGGCCGCUAAGGAGGAUUCAGAUUCAGAAUUGAUGCAUGCUGCUGGUGAAAAAUGAUAGUGCCCUGUUGUGAUCUUGUAGUAGUGGCACUCAAUUCCUAAUUAUUAAUUAAUAAUAAUAAUAAUGAUAAUAAAAAUAAAUAAUAAGCCAAUUUUAGCAUAUGAUGUUACAGCUGAUGCAGAAAGCUGUUACUUCUGUUGGUUGUAGCUGAGUAAGAAAUUUGUAUU